AUGGUGGAUGAUAAUCAUGACAAUGUCGAUAGCGACAAUGACAAAGACAUCAACAGCGACAAUGACAACAACAACAACCACGACAAUGACAAAGACAUCAACAGCGACAUUGACAACGACAACGACAGCAACAACGACAGCAACAACGACAAUGACAACGACAACGACAAUGUCGACGACAUCGUCAUCGACAAACACAUGAACAGCGACAAUUACAACGACAACAACAAUGACGACAACGACGACAACAUCAGCAACAAGAGCAGUGGCAGCACCAGCAGCAGCAGCAGCGAAACAUCAUACAAUCAAGUUUCUCUUUAG